UUUUAAAUCCAAAAUUGAGGCCCAGGUGGCCCUUCACCCCGCAGCCUGGGGGCCUGCCCGCGGGUCUGCGCUUCCAGGGGCCUCGAGUCUCGAGGAGCCCAGGGAUACAGAGACACGCGGGCAGCCGGGACGCCCGGAACGAUUCUCUCGCGGAACCAUUGCGGCGAGGCCCCUCGGAGCACGCGCAGGGCCGGGCCGCGGCGGGCCGGGCCACAGGGGCAGGGAUGGCGGCGACGGUGGCUGCGGCGGCCGCCGACGCGGGGCCGGGGGUCGCGGUGCCGGUGGACCUGCGGCGCGAGCAGCGCAUGGUGUGCGUGGAGUACCCCGGCGUGGUGCGCGACGUGCCCAAGAUGCUGCGGACUCUGGGCGGCGAGGAGGGCGUCUCCCGGAUCUAUGCAGACCCCACCAAGAGGCUGGAGCUCUACUUCCGGCCCAAGGACCCUUACUGCCACCCUGUGUGUGCCAACCGCUUCAGUACCAGCAGCCUGCUGUUCCGGAUCAGGAGGAAGACCAAGCGGCAAAGGGAGGUGUUGGGGCUUGAGGCCCAGCCAGAGGUCACAUUUGACAUCGAGAUUCUUGGCAUCAUCUCCACCGUUUACAAGUUUCAAGGGAUGUCCGACUUCCAGUACUUGGCUGUGCACACAGAUGCCAAUGGCAGGCACAUGUCGAUGUAUGACAGAGUGCUCAUGCUCAAGCCUGAGAAGGAGAGUUUCUUCCACCAAGAGCUGCCGCUCUACAUCCCCCCACCCAUCUUCUCCCGGCUGGAUACCCCAGUGGACUAUUUCUAUCGACCAGAGACACAGCACCGGGAAGGCUACAACAACCCCCCCGUCUCGGGAGAGAACCUGAUUGGCCUGAGCAGGGCCCGGCGCCCCCACAAUGCCAUCUUUGUCAACUUUGAGGAGGACGAGGUGCCCACGCAGCCGCUGGAGGCUGCUGUCCAGACAUGGAGGAGGAUUUCCACCAACCCCAUUGACCAGAAGGUGGAGGAGGAUUUGAGAAAGCUGUUUGAAAUCCGGCCCAUCUGGUCACGAAACGCCGUCAAGGCCAACAUCAGCGUCCAUCCUGACAAGCUGAAGGUCUUGCUGCCCUUCGUGGCCUAUUACAUGAUCACAGGUCCCUGGAGGAGCCUGUGGAUCCGAUACGGGUACGAUCCCCGAAAAAACCCAGGCGCCAAGAUUUAUCAAGUCCUUGAUUUCCGAAUCCGUUGUGGAAUGAAAUAUGGUUAUGCCCCGAGUGACAUGCCUGUCAAGGCGAAGCGCAGCACAUACAACUACAGCCUUCCCAUCACUGUCAAAAAGAUGCCCCCCCAGGUUGUCACCAUGCAGGACCUGAAGCAGGGCCUGGGCCCAUCGGGGACAGCCAGCUCACGGAAAUCCAACUCCAACAAGUACAAGCUCAAGGACUCAGUCUACGUCUUCCGGGAGGGGGCCUUGCCGCCCUAUCGGCAGAUGUUCUACCAGUUGUGUGACUUGAACGUGGAAGAGUUGCAGAGGAUCAUCCACCGCAAUGAUGGGGCGGAGAGCCGCUGCACGGAGCGAGAUGGCUGGUGCCUUCCCAAGACCAGUGACGAGCUGCGAGAUACCAUGUCCCUCAUGAUUCGGCAGAUCAUCCGCUCCAAGAGGCCUGCUCUCUUCUCCAGCCCGGCCAAGGCCGACAGAGAGAAAGAGCAGCUGACAUAUGAGUCCGGGGAAGACGACGAGGACGAUGAAGAGGAGGAGGAGGAUUUCAAGCCAUCUGAUGGCAGUGACAAUGAGAUGGAGACAGAGAUUCUGGACUACGUGUGACACAGCCCUGCCCCCAAGGCUGGGUCUCCUUGAUCAUGCAAGACUGGUGACGGAGCCAGGACAAGCUGUGGCUCCCCAGUGCUGCCCACAGUAACCAGAACAGCCCUAGGAGCACCCCCAGAGGAAAGCUGGGGUCUUGGCACUGGGUGCAGCUGACCCUGCUCCUGCCUGUCUGCCUGUGACACCUGCUGCUUGGGGCUGCCCUCGGGCCCCCAGUGCUUGGGGAGAUCCCCAAAGGACUGGCAGCCAUGAACCAGCCCAUUGUCUAGCAGGCUGGGCCGGUGCAUAGCACCUCUCUGUGGCUGAAAACAACAAAAGCUGGAGGUGGAGAUGAUGUGACCAGGGGAGGUGUCAGUCUUGCUUUGGAGCUUAUGACUGAUGGCAGUGAUGGCUGGUGACCAGUGAGGAAGCUGGUCCGUGGUCACAGAUGGGCGAAGACUGUCCUUGGGUUUGCAUCGCAUUCAUCCGGGGCCCAGUUGUCCUUAUCAAAUAUACUUUCUCAAGGAGUC